AAACUGACUACACGUGCUCAUUAUUGUACAAAUUUAUCAAGAUGCAUUUCAGUUUAGUUUUCAUGCUGAUAGCACUGAUGUUUGUGAUUGCUGAUGGUGCUUCACGUGACUGUGCGACUGUGUGUAAUGGUGAAUGCCGUGCUUCAUGCCAGUCGAAUCAGACUCAAAAACAAUGGUGUAAAAGAAGCUGUUCAGGAGAUGACGUGUGUUGUACACCGCCAGACACAGCUACAGCUGGUGACGACUGUGUAGCUGAUGUGGGUGGUACAUGCCGUGCCAAAAAAUGCAAUAGAGAUGAAAAUGAGGUUGCUGGUACAGGUUGCAGAAACGGCCGUGUUUGCUGUGUUCCGGAACCUGACUGUGUAGAUGAUUUGGGUGGUACAUGCCGUGCCAAAAAAUGCAAUAGAGAUGAAAAUGAGGUUCCCGGUAGCGGUUGUAGAAACGGCCGUGUGUGUUGUAUUCCUGAAGUAUAUAUUGAAUAAAUCACGACAUCGCCAUUGGACAAGCUUCGACAGGAAUCUUCUACAGAUGAAUAUUAGUUGUGAAUAGUUCAGUUAGAGAAAUAAAGCUGAUAAAAUGA